AGAAAAAAGGCAAGAUUUUCUUAAAUAUUUAUACAAUUUGAACAAAUUGAAAGAAAUUAAAAAAAUAUGGGCAAAAAUAAGCUAAAUGUUCCGGCCAACAAGCCUCAAAAAGAUGAAACGCAACUUUUGCAGCAACAAGAGGACGAUAAUUUAGAACCUGUUGCUCAGGUUUAUGCAGGCGACGAAGAGGAUACCAGCACUUCUGCAUAUCUAUGGCUUUUGGUAUUUUCCGUUUUAAUGUUUACCUUUCCGUUUCUCACUUUCUACGGUGUUCGCUCUUGGCUAGAUGAAUCAUUCGAGUUUAGCACUUUUCAAACCAAUUGUUUCUCAGUAUUGGCCUCAGUAAUCGUAGUCAAUUUCAUUAUAUGCUUAUACGUUUACAAAGCUUUCCGUGAAGGCGGUAUUACUAUCUCAAAACCAGCGGCAAUCGAGGUUGCUGAAGAAUCUAAGAAAGAAAACUAAAUAUUGGACUGCAGCAAACCAUUUUUUUAUAUUAUAACUAUUUUUUAAAUAAAAUAGAAUACACUCACUUUAA